AUGGAAUUCCUUUCCAAUAAAUUCAAAAAAUCAAACUCCAAAAUUGAUUUCAGACUAUCUGCCAAUGGGAUAAACAGAAUUAAAUCGAUAUUGGUACACCCAGACGACGUCGAUUACUGGUUUAAAUUCAUUGAUUUGAUUGAAAAUGAUGAUGAUCUUAAUAGCUUAUUAACCGUUAAUGAUAUUCGCUUGUCUUUAUCUGAAAAUAUUUUCACUUUGAUACGUUAUUUGGUGUCUCAAUUGGAUGGUACCACUACGAACCACGCUUUGAAUAUCCAUAGAAUCUUCUCCAAGCUCUUCCCCGUCUACUACGAUUUAGGCUACUUACCUGCAAUGUCUAAUGCUAUAGACUACAACUCCCUCCUCACCUCCUCCAUCAAGUCUCUCUUCCGCCUCAACAACACUUACACCCUCUCGAUCUGGGUUAAGGGCGUCGGCCUCUCAUCUGACACCCCCAAUGACAACAAUCUCAACUCUCACAGAGCUCUCAUUCUCUCUUCCAUACUCGCCGUCUUGUCUCCACCCCUUUAUUCCACUCCCCAGUCCAUUCUACCCGUUCAUGACCAACUCAUAGGCUACCUCAAUUCGUUAGACAGAAAAAUUGUUUUGGUUUUACUUUCUUCUCUACUCAAUACCUCGAUAUCCACUAAACAGCUCAAUUAUCUCCCACUCACUCCCAUCCUAUCAAAAUUUUCACUCUUAUCCAUGGACUUGUUGCUUGUACUCAUCUACAACUCAUCCUCAACCUUUUCCAAGUCCCUAUCUAAGCUGCACAGAUCGAUUGACUUUGAUUUCAUCCUAACACGCUCCUUGUCUAUUAUAGAUGAGUCUUCCGCUCCCAAUUAUUCUCUCAAAGCUAUAUCCAAAUCUCACUACAUACAAAACCCAAAUGUUCUUCAGCUUUGGCUCUUCUUAUGGCGUCUCAUCGAUCUUAAUCCGAAAUUCAAACUAUAUCUCUCACAUUCAAAUCACUACUUAUCUAUAUCAACCAGGUUGAUUACGGCUUUGAACACACAGUCACAUAAUCAGAACUUACUCAGGCUUCUGGCCUCACUCCUUCAUUCACUCAGUUUCGAUCACAAUUUCGGAUCAUCGCUCGACAACCCAAUAUCCCUCCAAGAUGGCAAUCAUGGGCUUUCUGAUUAUUUGGUUAGUACUAUAUACAAUCUAGUCACUAGCUCCAUACAUCCUGCCUCUUAUGACAGUCUUUUGGCCGCAUUGGCUAAUUUGGGCGGGUACCUCAAGCAUCUCUCGCAAUUGUCGGCAGUCAGACUUGUAUCCAUUUAUAGAGCGCUAGCUACGCCCCAGUUUCUGUUCGCAAACAAGGGCAAUCCGCGCUAUCUCUUCUAUAUCCUUGAAGCAUUCAAUGGCGUUAUCCACCGUCAACUCAAUGCAAACCCUUCACUCAUCUAUGCUUUAUUGCUUAACAACGACUCAUUCCAGUCACUAGCAAAUUUAACUCUGCAGAAAGGUCUCAAGGUAGUACAAGGUAGUAGGGGAAAUAGUCUUGAUCACGAAAAUCCUACGACAUCCUCACCAUCACAGGUUACAUACCCGCCACAAUCAAUACCAAACGAAAAUGAGAUGUCUGAGAAAGCGAAAGGCAAACAAGCGGAACGUGUCUCUACAUCCAUUGAUUCGAGUAGAUUGCAAGAGAAUAAAAUUAACGAUACUCAAUUUGAGCCGACAGAGGAGUGGGUGAGGAGCUGGGUAGUGAAAUUGCCGCUAGACUCCAUUCUCUUAGCUUCUACGGAGCUACUCCCUAUCAUUCGUAAAGAAUCAGUGAGGUCGACAAUUCUCUCAGAGUUGCGCAAUGUCGACAUAUCCAAACAACUUGGCAAUCAGUCUAAAUUGCUAGAUAGCUUCCACUGGACAGAAGCGCUGCUGGUGUGGCGUUUGAUCACAAUUUGGUCUGAUAUCUACAUCAAUGCCCUCCCCAAUUGGUCAUCCACUAGUGUAAAAUUGUUUGGCGUCACUUACCAGAAUGGAUUACGACAGAGAUUUGACAACAAAGUAAAUAGUGUAGCUGACAACGUGGGGAUAACGAGAUUUCUACCAUUCGAUAUUGGUGUUGGCGGGAAGCAGCGGAGUGGAGAAUGA